GCUCCAUCACAGCAGUCUUCUAGCCCUGCCGUCCGAAUGCUUCUCUUCUUCUUGAGCGUCGCCGCCUCAGCAAAGAGCCUCGUCGCCAGGAGGAUCCUGCCUCGGAAUCUACGUCGGUUGCCUCCGAGGUGCGACGGCGUGGGGGACAGCCGCCCUCGGGCCGUGUCCGUCACGCACAGGGCCAUGGCCCGUCCGCUCGCCUUGCUCGUCGCGCUCGUCGCGCUCGGCCUCGAUGAGGCCGGCGCCGGCACCGGGAACGCGGAGGAGCCGAGCCGGUCCGGCGAGCUCCUCCUCGCUCGCGCCGGGCCCGACUCGUUCCCCGAGCCGAGCCUGCGGGCCCUCGACUGGAGGCCGGAGUGGCAGAGCCAGGAGCCGCUGCCUCGCGCGGAGCCGGGGGGGCCGGGGGGGCCGGGGGGGCCGGGGGACGUGGCGGGGGCCGUGCCCGACCUGAGCACGAGCGCCGGCCAGGGCUUUGAGCUCCAUCUCCCCGCGCUGCUCGAGGGCAACUGCGUCCGUCCAGGUGCGCGCGGCGCGGGGGCGGCGGUGGGACGUUGCUCACGCGAGCGUGGGCAGCGGUUAAUGGUCUACCAGGUGGGGAGUGACGCGUUGCCGCGGUGGCUGCACUGGGACCCCCGGGCCGGCCGUCUGCUGGGCCACCCCCUGGAAGCCGACACUGGCGUCUACCACAUCUCCAUCGGCCACGACGCGAGCCCCGGCCAGGUGUUCUCCAUCGCCGUCCUGCCCGAGGAGAGCUCCGCCGGCGCCAGACCCCCCGCGGCCUUCUCCAACUCGAUCGCGCCGGCGGCGGCGUGCGAGCCGGGCCAGCCCCACACGGUGCUCACGGUGGUGAUCGACGCCGACGUCGACAAGCUGGCGCUCGCGCGGCGCACGCAGCUUCUCGACGGGAUGACCGCCUUCUCGGGCGUCGCGAUGCACGACAUGAGGCUGCUGCCCGUGCGGAACAACAAGCUGUUCGACAUGUCGGCCUUCGUGGCGGGGCCGGGUAACGCCAAGAAGAUGGUGGAGAACGGCGCCACGCUGUCCUGGCUGCUGGGCUGCGGCCUCGGCGAGGCCUCGGUGCCCAGCUUGGUGGCCGUGGAGAAGCCGGCCAAGGAGGGCGCCAUGGCGACGGCGCUGGGAUUCCCGGUGCUCGGCUGGUACGUCGCCAACCAGAAGCCGCCCGCGGGGAAGCGCGUGCGGCGCGGUGCGCCGCACGUGACGCCCACGCCGGUGAUGACGAGCGCCCCCCCCACCCGGCACCCCCAGCCCGAGGAGCCGCCCGCGCGGGUCGUGCCCUCCCAGCCGUCGCACUCCCCGCUGCCGACGACUCGAACCGCCUGGCCGGACCGCUUCGCCGCGGGCGGCGCGGCCACGGCACCGCUCCCCGUGAAGCCCACGGCCACACUGCCCGGCACCGCGGAGCCCACGCUCCUGCCCGCCCCUCCCGCCGUCCCCGACGUCUCCCGGAAGACGGAGGCCGCCACGGCCCCUUCCGCUCGGCGCGCCACCACCACCGCGGCCACCGCGGCCGCCGCCGCCACGCGCAAGCCGCCGCGCUCCAAGAGGCCCCGCGUGCAGAAGCCCGACGAGGCCGCGCCGAGGCCCGCGGCCAACCAGGUCCCUUACCUGCAGAACCCGGUGGACCGCCUGGAUGUGAACGCGGGAACCUACUUCGAGUACAAGAUCCCGGUGGACACGUUCUACGACGCGGAAGACGGCCCCACCGACAAGCUGAAGCUGUCUCUGUCCUCCCACGUGGACCACUCGGCGUGGGUGCAGCUCAACAGCGCCAGCCGGGUGCUAUUCGGGCUCCCGCCGGACGACGAGAUCGCCAAACACGAGUUCUUUUUGACCGCCACCGACAAAGGCGGCAAGUUCGUCUCCGACGCUUUCGAAAUCGUGGUUCGUGACAAACCCAACGGCGGCAAAUCGAGCGUGAAAUUCGAAGCGACGUUCGCCAACGACUACGACGCGGUGUCCAAGAGCCUCUUUCUGAAGGUGAAGCUGAUGAAGAAGCUGGCUCAGGCGUUCGGCGAGAAGAAUGCCAGCGUGCUGACCCUGGAGGGGCUCCGCCACGGCUCGCUCGUCGUGACGUGGAGCAACGGCUCCCUCCCCGCGGAGCCGUGCCCCCUCGCGGAAGUGCGACAGCUGUACGGCAAGAUGCACGCGGGAGACGGCAGGCCGCGCGACGAGUUCCGCGCCGCCAUGCUGCCCGAGUUCGAGGCGGUGGCGGUCGGAAUAAAGGGAACCGACGGCUGCCGGGGGGCGAACUUCCUGUCGACGGCGCCGUGGGAGCCCGCGGUGGCGCGCGCCACCGAGCCCCCCACGCAGAACGAGCCCAGGAGCUCGAGCCAGGACGACGCUUACCUCCACACCGUCAUCCCGGCCGUGGCCGUCGCCCUCCUGCUGCUGAUCGCCGGCGUCGUCGCGUUCGUCUGCUACCGCCGGAAGCGCCGGGGCAAGAUGUCCCUGGAGGAGCACACGACGUUCAUCAAGAAGGGCGUCCCCAUCAUCUUCGCGGACGAACUGGACGAGGCGAAGCCCGCGCCGUCCUCCAGCAUGCCGCUCAUCCUCACGGAGGAGCGCGCCCCGCUCUCGCCCCCCGAGUAUUCGGGCCAGACGUUCCCCGGGGGACUGCCCGAGGAGCUGCGCCCUCUGCGGGACGACGGUGGCGGGAGCAGCGUGCCCCCGUACCAGCCCCCCCCGCCCUUCGCCAGCGUGGAGGAGAGCCGCAGGUGCCACCCCAAGAGCGUCCACCCCGUCAAGUCGCUGCCCACCUACGUGCCCCCCUAACGCCGUGGCCCAGGGACUGUCCGGGACACUCGGCGCCGUGCGUAUCAAUCUCCUCCUCCCGCUUCGGAGUCUCGCCAACCCACCGCGCGAAGGGAACCACGUUUGUACAGUGUUUAAAGAUUCCAGCUCGACUCGCUCUCUUGUUUUCUGUUACGGCUGUACGUGCGGUAGCUGUGCAAGCGUAUCCACUGCCCAUAUAAUUUCCGCAUUGGUAUCAUUACUUUUGUGGCAUUAUUUCAAAAACGCUCUAGGGCUGUAGUGAUGGAUUUUGUCAAUAAGAUAAAUUAGUAACCCUUGUUGAUUUUGUGCGAUUAAUCUAGGGGUAUCGAUCAUUCCCGUACAGCAGGCUUACAACCAAGUUUAAUUAACUCCAGUACGUGUAGUGCGACGGCUUGGGCUCUGACCGCCUCUCCGCUCUUGUCACGACACCACGCUGCCGCUGCUGCUGUAGCAGAGGCAGCGGCGCCACACUGCUGUAGUAAUGAAAACAUUGCGUUCUCCUGUGAUUUUGUUAAAACACUAAUUGACGAAAGCAAUUUAAUUACUGUAAUUGACGUCCCACGCAGUUGCUAGUGACAGCUGUGUGCGGGAGCCGACGGCCGUAACGUUUCGGAGACACAAAUCCACCCGGUCCAGUGCACGGUGGUACUCGCAUUGAUACGCACAGCACUACGCUGUCCUUGACUUACCAAAGUGUCCACGAUUAACUUCUCGUUCUUCAGUCACAUGGUAUAGCAGCUAAUACUACAGAUGAUCAGGUCUAUGCACAUAAGGCAUGUGGUACGUAAUGGGUGGCGGUUCUUGAUUUUAAUGACGAAGUGUACUUUAUGUGCAGUAGCUCAAUAAGGGAUUUUGUCAAUAGUUUUGAAAAGCUUUUACAACCGUGUUUGGAUAUUUUGUAGUAUUUUUUAUAAUGUAAAUGUGUUUCCAUUCGAGGUUGCGCUGGUAGUGUCGGUGCUUGGGAGAGGGACCAUGGAGGGGGGCUGGCCUUUGCCGGCGCAGGGAAUUUUAAUUUGAAUUCCUUAAUGCCCAGGAUCCUCCUGGCGAGCGACAAACACUGACCGUAUGUUGCGGUGGCACGGAUCGCGGAACAACACCGCCGCAGUCGACUUGAUUACUGCAGGAGGGUCCCAGUGAGCUCGAAACCUCUAAAUGCGGGAUUCCUGCAUUAACAGCAGAUCAAGCAAACUUGUAAAUUAUCUGCAAAUGUAGAAUUGUUUGCAAUACUGUACUCUUAACACUGCACACGCCUGGCACUGCCACUAACGUGGGUGCUGCGGUGGUUAAAAAUUAACUACUGUAACAAUUGCAAAAUAAUUAUAAUAAAAACAUGAAAACACUCACAAAUUUGAAACUCAAAAAGUAAAACGCAAGUGUUGGCGCUCGGUGUCAUUCAUACCGCGAAUGAACAAACACCACGUGACCAUGGGGGGGGGGGGGGGGGGUGUCGACCCGCGCGUUGAAGCCCUCCCCGUGAGAGCCACUCGCGGCGGCUGGACCAGGGGACGGGGCGGUUCGCGUUCCCAGUCGGUGCAUCUCCACGCGUGGCUUUGUCAUGUUGCCAGGAGGAGCAGAGGGGUGUGCAGUCCAAGUUGUGUUCACAGUACUAACGUUUGUGGUCUUACGGCAUCUAACUCUUCAUAUAUAUUUGCCAAAAUUAAUGUUUUGCAUACAAACGGUACUACUAAGAUUUUUUUUGCCAACAUUAAAAUGUUGGUAAAAAACACAUUUUUCUACCUAACGCUUGAUAGAGAAAUGUACAUUUUUACCAGCGUUGAAUGAACUACAUUUGACCGUAGUGGUUUCCUGGUUAUGUAUGUACGUUGAACUUCUUUUGCACCGUACGUAGCCAACCUUGCUAAUCGGAGGUGCGGGGGAAGGACAACAAACUAACCACACGGUGGUUAACGUCGUGGUCGUGAGCGCGUGACGCGGUGGUUGUGCUGUCGGUACGGCGCGUGUAUCGGUGCGCGCGCUGCGUUUGCCGCGGGCUGCUGCGGCCGCCCCGUUUUGGCAGCCGGCACCAGGACGGGCUGCGCCACUGAACCUUUUUAUUAACUACGCUCACGGCUUCACUUCCAGCUUGUUCUGCAAUGGCUGUGGAUAUUUUACUUUCUGCACCUCAUUCUUGGUUUGGUAGAUCUUUCCUCUUUUUUCAUAUAAAAAACACAUUUAUUUAAAA